AUGUCAAGCACACAACCAACAACCUCCACAGGAGCAGAACCAGCCGCAACCUCGACGGAACCCAUCGGCAAAAUCCUACUCAUUAACGGGCCCAAUCUAAACCUCCUCGGGACACGCGAGCCCUCCAUCUACGGCAGCACGACACUCCCCCAAUUAACCUCGUCGCUCGUGUCGCACGGCUCCCGUCUCAAUAUUGAAGUCGUCCCAUUCCAAUCCAACCACGAGGGGGCCAUCGUCGACUUCCUGCACUCACAUUUCACGCCUCCCGCCACCAGCACCUCAUCUUCCUCGUCCUCUUCCACCCCGAAGAAGGCCAGAACAGCAGCAAUCAUCAACCCCGCCGCCUACACGCACACGAGCGUCGCGAUCCGCGACGCCCUGCUCGCGACAUCCAUCCCGUUCGUCGAGGUGCACAUCAGCAACGUGCACGCGCGGGAGGCGUUUCGCCAUAAGAGCUUUCUCAGCGAUAAGGCUGUCGGCGUCGUCAUGGGCCUGGGUAUCUACGGUUAUACGGCGGCGCUGGAAUUCUGGGCUGGGCGGUGGAAGGAUGAGGAUGCUAGUGCUGAUUCUGCGACGUAA